ACCCAUCAACUAUUAAUAUCUCACCAACUGCUUCCCAUCUCAUCAACGACUAUCCUCUCAUCAGCUUUUACUCUCUUCUCAAUUACAAUCAUCUUAUCAACUAAUACCAUCCCAUCACCUGCUACUAUCUUGUCUUUAACCUUUCCUCAUUCAUAACCUUUAAAAGAUGUCACAUUCAGAUACCAAUCAAAACCUUCGGAGGGGGCCAGAAUAUGCAAUCACUGCAAACGAUGGCUAUUCAAACGUGGCGGCUCUUACGACGGCUCCAGCAACAACUCCAACAACAAUCCCAGAACCAUUUCAAGAAUCUAUUCAAAGCCAUCUGGUGUCUCCUUGUAGCAUUUCUUCCUGUCCUUGGUUUUAACAAUGUAUCUUAUCAAGUCGAUAUCACACCCUCGAAUUCCCAAACCCCUCGCAUCAUUUCCAAAAUCCCUCGCAUCAUUUUCGUUUCUGUCGCCAUAUCGGGUCCUCUUCUCCUUUAUGUAUUUUGGGACAUCAUAUAUGGCGCAUAUCUGGUGUUUCGUGCCUUCAUAUACACUAGCUCAAUCGUAUUAUGGACGGUCAGUAGGGUAGGAACAUGUAUCUCAAGUCCUUCGGUUUGUCUUUGGUCAGCAUAUAUGGCACUAUCACAAUCACAACGAACUCUCAACAACAACAACCAACGUCUUCUGAUCCCAAAUCUCGUGCUUGAAAUGCCACAUAAAAUUUGGUCUGAUGAACUUAUUCCUGGCAUGCAACGCAUGAUUGAGGUCACUGAUACAAAGACAUCCUCCGUCGAUGGCAACAAGAUUGUAGCCCCUCCUCUCACCGACAUCAUCACAUCUCUCACGCGUAUUAGCAGCGCAAUAGAGAUCAUAUCAGAUCGCAAUAGUGUUAGCAUGCGUGACCAAGCGCUUGCCUAUCUGGUCCCGAAACUUCAGGCUCUUCAAUUGAGAACCUUUGAUCUUCAAAAACUUUAUGAAUCCUAUCGAAUCCGCUGGGCCAAAACGUUAACCGAGCUGGCAAUGAAGUGUCGUAAUGUUGCGGAUAGAGUUAGUCGUUUAGAGCAGGAAUGGGAGCUCAUCCUGGAUGAGGUGGCUAGAAUUGAUAAUGAAGGCAAGGGAGAUGGUGUGCCUCGACCUGGGUCUGUCUUACGCAGAGAUUGCAAUGACGAGCACAAACCGUCCCGUUUCGCUUUUGGCAAGGCCAAGGAAAGGAGCAAACAUUGCACUUUUGAAGAGUUGGCAUCCAUGAUAUAUCACCAAAUUUUAGCGGAACACCAUGAUCAUGCCAUUCUCCAAAAGAGCGUAGCAACGUCUAGUUGGAAAGGGAGUGAAGAGAUUAUCACAUUAUUGAAGAACAUCAAGAAGAAAGUGAGCGUGAUGAACUCGGUAGCUAAAGCUGCAAAAGAGGAAAAGACUGGAGUGCGGGAUGAUAGGAGUGAGAGAUGGGUCAGUGAGAGGAAAGAAAUUUGGAACUAUCUAGGCUGGGGUACUUGGGGAGCUUUAUAUUCAAAGGAGGAAAAAGAGGCAAGGAGGAAGGAGGCUGCUAUGUAUGUAUCAAUUUUUCCUUUGUCUUAUGCAUCUUCCUUUCUUUGUCUUUUUGGCGUUAUACAGCUCAAAGAUGUACUAUACGAUGAAGCCAUCCCUGAGUGUUACUUCUGUAUCAUAUUUGAGAGAUAUGUUCCUAUCGUUAGCCUCUAUCGUUCGAGAACUUUUGAGCCACUGACUUCUCUUCUUUACCCUCUAUUAUCCACUCUUUCUUUUUUGUCAUCAUCUCUUCUUCUUUUCACUUUUUAUUUUCUAAUAGAUGUAUUCUUUUUUUUUGGGGGUUUUUUUAAUAAAAAAAAGUUUUGUUGAUAUUAUCAUUUACGGUUUCAUCUUUUAUCAAUAUUUAAUUUUCCUUU